UUAUACAAGGUAUCCCGGGGGACGUUUUCCCACUGUGUGGCGAAGAGUGCACAUCUGAAGCGAAAUUAAAUAAAUAAUGAAUGCAGGAAGAAAUGACAAAAAGUUUGGUAUCGAUUGUGUGAAAGCCCUGGAGGCCAUGCUGAGAUCUUGAAGUUCUUCGAUGGCGAGCUCACCGGGAACUUACAGCCUCCUGUCACCUACCGUCUGUGUGUGCGCCCGUGUACGAGAUGCCGUGCACGUGAAGUGACUGGUGGAUGUACGUACAGGGAUGCACGUGCACGUAGUUGUUUGUGUUUGGUCUUGUUUAUGUGCCACUGGACUGUGAGAGCGUCUGGUGCUUUGCUGCACUUCAGUGUCUUUUGUGAAUGUUGGUGCAUGUGUGAACGUGCGUGCGUGUUUGUGUGUGUGUGUGUGUGCGUGAAUGCGAGAAUAGGAAGAAUACAAGAGUUUCAGAUAUGGAGUGAGGAAACCAUGCAACAACAAGUCUGCAGUUUGUCGACAGAGAAAAAUAAAUCAGAUUUCGCACCCCACCCCCUCCAGUCAUCUUGACCACUUACUUCGUAUAAACUUAAAUAAUUAAUAAUCCUGUGCCUGAGACAAGUGACAAUUGAAAAAAAAAAUAAAAAUUAAAAAAAAUAAAAAAAAAAUAAAAAUAAAAAUAAAAUAAAAGCCAGAGUCGAAACGUUUCGUCCUGCAUUUCCUUCUUUUCCGAUUCUACAUCUCGGUGAUGAAGACUUCAGAACUUUGCAUCUUUUUGUUUUUCUAGUUCUUUACUCUUACUUUAUGGGUUUCUUUCUUUUUUUAACUUUUAUUUGCAAAACAUUUUACACUGUUUCGUAUUAAGAUGGUUAAGAGUGGUUUGCUACAUUUGCUCAGCAGGUUUCAGAAACACACACCACCAUCUGACUCUCCAGACAGGCAAGACGUUAAGGUUCCACAACCUUCAGAGGCCGCCACUUGUGCAUCAAAGGAGGUGAAACAGUUACGUUGCCUAGGAAACAAGUGCAUCAAACAUCAAAGAUCCAGACCGGCGCUCAGUGGAAGCAUCUGCGAUGAACCAAGGGAAGCUGUAACGACUCCUCCUUCGCCCUGGAACCGUGGUGGCGCUGUGGUUUGCAGCAGCAGGAGCAUUGUUCUUCAGCAGCAGCCAAUCCGACAACGCCAUCAGACCAGAGUUCGCGGACAACCAGCGAGGCCAUGACCGCAUGGUGACGGAAGAUGUGGUCAGACGACACACCCGCGACACUGGAGACGAGGGCCAUGAAGAAGGCCCAGCGGAAACACAGCAAGUCCAUCGACAAGAUCAUCGCCAAGGACAAGAUAGUGGCCAGAGACAAAAUCAAGCUGCUUCUGCUUGGACAACCAGGAGCAGGCAAGUCCACUCUGGUCAAACAACUGCGACUCUACAGCGGAGACGCAUUUUCUCAGGAGGAAGUAGAAGCUUCCAAGAUGGCGCUGCUGGAGAACAUCGUGGACGCCAUCAGACUGGUGCUGACGUGGCGGGAGGAGCUGGCGCUGCCCUGGGAGAACGAUGUGCUGGAGGACGAGGCUCAGAUUCUGGUCAGCCAGCCCUCCGCCAUUGUGCUGCAGGAACGAGGCUGGAAGAGGCUGCUGAUGACCCUGGUCCGGCUCUGGCGAGAAGAUGGCAUGCAGAAGGCUUACUGCAACAUGCCUUUUGGAUCCCCAGCCACUGAGUGCCUUUCAUACUUCCUUGACGAUGCCGUGCGACUGUGUAGUCAAACAUUUAUUCCGAGCACUUCAGACAUCAUUCACGUAUACGCCAGCACUUGUGGGGUCUGUGACCAUGACGUCACCAUCGGCGGCACGACCUUCCAGUUGACGGAGAUGGGCGGUCGCAGCCUGACGUCCCUCAAGCUCCUGCGCUUCUUUGACAACGUCAGCAGCAUCGUCUUCAUGGCGUCCUGCGCCGACGUCGAGCGCAGUCUGCGGCACGGAGCGCUGACUUCCGGUUUCGAGGAGACGCGGCUGUUCUUCCAGACCAUCGCCCGCGACCCCUUCCUGGUGAAGCUGCCCAUCAUCCUCCUUUUCACCAAGCUGGACCUGCUGGUAGCCAAAAGCAACAAGUUCGAUCUCAAGUCAGUCUUCCCCGACUUCAUCGGAAACACCCACGACGUGGAGGACGUGAAGAACUACGUGUUCACCACGUUCAAGGAGAAGUGCGGGGCGCGCCGAAUCUAUCACCACUUCCUGUUGGGCACGGACAGUCACAAAGUGCAGUCGGUCUUCGCGGACGUUCGAAGAGACAUACGUGACAACCUACUGAGGAAAGUGAUCCCAGAAUGACCUGGUCACAGAUGAGUGUCAUCACAUUACAACAUCUCCGCUUUCUGAAAGUCUGGAAAGGCAUGAGUGACUCGAGCGGAACUUGUGCUUGUGAAUCUGGAAUAAACUCAGUCGUUGCCCAGACUUUGAUGCGAAGCGAUUUCAGCAUCCCCGAUGAUGCUUAAUAAUAAACAUUAUUGUGAAUCUGAAAGAAUUGUCGACAUCUGUUACAAAACGUUGUGUAUGUUGUUGUCCAUCUCUGUCGUGGUCAUUGUCCUGCGAAUGGCCCACAGUAAGCAUUGUAAGCUGGACAAGGUAAUCGUUGUGCUUUUAUGAAUCCAUGAAGCCUUAUUGAACGACUUUGCUUGUUUGUGCAUAUUAGCAUUGGAUUAGGUACAGCCCAGCCCAUACUUAUGUUCAUCUUUGUCUACCUAUAAGUGCCCGGUCACCUGUGUGUGUGAGAGAGAGAGAAAGAGAGAGAUCAUGUCAGUGUAAGUAUGAGCAGAAAUCACACGUGAAAAUUUACUGUUACUGUUUUAUGAAGUAAACAACAGCAAAAAUUCUACCACUUUACAUUUUUCUAUGCGAUGUGUGACAAAGAAGGAAGAAACCAAGAAACUCACACAAUCAUUAUGAGACUCAUGACCAAACCAAAAUUACCGAGAACCUUUCUGGCGAAACGACACUGAAAUCACCAAAGGGUUGAAAGAAAAGUAUGGUGGGUGAGGAGGGUGUGGUUUCGUGCUUGCGGGCGUUUAUGAGUCUUUGUAG